AUGUCGCGACGCUACCCCACCGCAGAGCUCUAUGAAGAGCGAGAGCGCGACUUCUACCGCAACGGCAACCGCAGUGACCGCAACUAUGACGAGCUCGACUUCGAGUUGCGCCGCAGUGGUGUAGGCGCUGACCCCCGCCGCAGCAUGCCUGACUUCUUGCGCGAAGACUACAAUCGCCCAACCGCUGGUCCGCUGGUAAUGCGAGGCCGUGACGACGACAGCUUCUCUAGGUCUGGACCCCGCAGUGCUCGUGGUUUUGACGAUGACGUACGCUCGACUCGCAGCCGUCCCCCACCACCAGCCUCGUCAGUGCGCGAGGUUGAGCGCGACGACAUCACAAUCCGACGCCGCGAGCAGUCGCGCGGUCCCCCCGAGCGUGAUGACAUCGUCUUCCGCCGUGGUGAUGGGCCCCCGGUCCGAUCCGUCAGCCGACCUGCCCCACGUCAGGUGGAUGAUGACGAAGUGCGUUUCCGAGGCCGCACUAGCGACGACAUCGACAUCCGCGCUUCUCGCAGCGAGAUCAGUCGCCAUGGCCGCGACGUGUCUGCUGAGCGAGGCUCUAUCCGCUUCCAGGAAAAAGACGGCAACUUUGAGAUUCGUGCAAACCGCCGAGAAUUCAGCCGUGAUGGUAGGGACACCAGCAGAGAACGGAGUUCCUUGACAAUCCGAGGCCGCGAAAGGAGUCUUCCACCUCCAGCACGCAACCGCGGCGAGCUGGUUGCUCGCGAGCGCGAGGAGUUUGUCAUCCGUCGCCCCCGCGCAGAAUCCCCGCCUCAGAACAACCGCGAAGUCAUAAGAGACGAGAUCAUCAUCAGACGCAAGGAAGAGCGUGCUCCUACCCCUUCGCCUUCUCCAUCUCCGCCUCCCCCACCUCCACCGCCAGCUCCAGAACCAGAAAUCCGCCCUCCCAUCAUUCAGGAGAUCAUCACCCACCACAGGCACAUUGACCACGGUGUCGUCAGAGCACGCUCCCCAACACCUCCUCCCCCACCGGCGCCUCCAUCUCCUCCCCCACCAGUAAACGAGACCCUCGAGAUUGAGAUCAACCGCAGAGAAAGCCACAGCCGUGGACGUGGAAGGAGCGCCUUCGAGGAGCUUGACAUUGACAUCAACCUUAACCACCAGCAUGGCGCCGUCAAGCAACGCAAGAAGGACAUGUGGACCGAAAUCACCAAAGAUUUGGUCAUCAGGGAGGCCAUCGACUCGAUGGGCUACGCAUGCGAGGAAACAGAUGACUUCUUCUACGUGAUGGAGUAUCUCAGAUACGAGGACGUGCUGCACCUGGUAGAGCUCUCGGAUGAAAUCCGCCGCAAGCGCAAGAGCCGCAUCCGGGAGAUUGAAAUUGAGCGCAAAUCCAUCCACAGCUCUAGGCCGACAUCGGGCUACGACGAGCGGUACUACGAAACUGAUCUACACUUUGACAGCCGCCGCAGCCGAUACCACUAG